AUGUCGCAUGAGGUGUCUUCAGACCACGAAUUCCUGAAGGCAUCUCAAGAGGGCGAUGUUGUGAGAAUGCAGCAACUUCUUGUCCUACGACGCGCCUCUCCGUUCGAUAUCACUGCGGAAGGGAUCACACCUUUGUGUCUCGCAAUCCAAUAUGGUCGGCUUGAGGCUGUAAGAUUGCUGCUUUCUCAAGGAGCUCUCGUCAAUCGAGCUUUCGGCCUCAAGCAGACAAGUCCACUGUGUUGGGCCCUUAGGAAUCGACAAUUGGAGAUAUGUAGGACACUGCUGUUCUAUGGAGCAUCUUUCGACCAUUCCACCGUCCAUAACUGGUCACCUCUAUACUACCUAUGGCCUUGGAACAUGCCAGAAGGCUUUCGACAUCCCCCAGCAGCAGAUUUCAUCAUCAUGUUACGCGCUAAAGGCGAAGACUUUGAUCUGUUGCACGGAGAGCGCAUAGACAACCAUGGUUGGAGCCUUCUGCACCGUGCGGCAAUCUUUGCCGAUCCCUCUGACUUACAACUACUGAUGGACUUUGACGUCGAUGCUUUUCAGCCGUUUGACCGUAUAGGUUGGACGUCACUGCAUUUGGUGGCCAAGUACGGCAUUUACGACAAUUUCUCCAUCCUAUUCCCGGCGUACGAAAAGAAAUACGGCGUGGACAAUGCUCUUGGACUCCGGGACUCCAGAGGUUGGACACCUCUGCACCUGGCCACCUCGAAUGGGCACUUGGAGCUUGCCCGCCUCCUCUUGGAGCUAGGUGCAGACCGGAAAGCGCUGACAGACCCGGUCGCGAACAAAGAUAUGCCAGAGAGCAUCCAGGGCAAGAGAUGCUCGCCUAAGGACCUCGCUUGGGCGUUUGGCGAAGAACAAGGUCGGCGGUUCGAAGACAUCGUCGCCGACGUUCCUGAAGAUCAAUGGUCCGACGCCCCUGAAUAUCAUCCCGAGGACAAUGUUGCCGGCGCAAAACCCUUGAAACUCCACGGGCGAUUGUCGAAAGAGGUAGGGUGCCAUGCAGCUGCCUUCAUUCGUCGCUAUCGUCGUUUCCGACGACUGAUUGGUUGA